UUUUCACUUUCAAUUAGGCUACUUAGGAUCAGUUUUCAAACGUAUCAUGAUUUUUCUGUGUAAAUAAUUUAUUUGUGAAACCAGAAUUCAACAUGUCACAAACAGAGGAUGCAAAUGUCCAUCAAUCUCGUAAAGACAUCACUAUGGUACUGCUGGGAAUAAACAGCGAAGACAAGUGUAUGAUAGGAAAUGCAUUUGUCCAAGAAGAUUGCUUUGAUGCUGAAAAUGAAACGCGGGCAAGGCUGAAACAAGUAGAUGAUAAAUCAAUCUACGUUAUCAACACUCCACAUAAAUUCUUUUGGCUGAUCCAAGGAUCAAAAGACACAAGAGAAGAGCUGAAGCCAUCAUAUGCAGGUCCACGUGUGUUUCUCUUGGUACUGCAGGGUGACACGCUGAGCCAAAAAGAAGCAGAGUUGUUUCGCCAACUGAAAGUGAGAUUUGGAGAGACAAUGGUAGAAAACACAAUCAUUGUGCUGGUUAGUGACAGAGAGGAAAGUUUUAAAGAGCGAAAUGAGCGAGCUGAUGAGAAACUCAAAAAACUUCUGGAUGAGUGCAGAAAGAGAGUUUGUAUUCAUGAGAAAAAUAAAGGCAUAAAUGAUACCAAGCUCAUCAAACAGAUAAUGGAGACAUGUGAUCAAAUGCAGAAGAAGGAUCAUGAAUCAACCAACACUGCAUCUGGUGAUGACAACCUGAAUGUUGCCAACACUGAACUGAUGAAGCAGACAGAUGAAAACAAAGGGGAAAAUGUCCAGGAAUCUUCAGAUGACUACAUCACAAUGGUGUUGCUGGGAAAGAACAACAAAUCCAAAUGUCUGAUAGGAAAUAUAAUUUUUGGGAAAGAAAAAUUUCAUCCAGAAGUAGUCAAUUGUGAGACAAACAGGGGGAAAGUAGCCAAUGAAAGUUUUGCUAUCAUCAAAGCUCCAUACCCUUUCAACUCAGACCCAAUGACAGACAGCACAGAGCUGUUGAAGCCAUCAUACGCAGGUCCUCGUGUAUUCCUCCUGAUACUGAAAGAAAAUAAGGUGUCUCCUCAAGAGAUAGAGAUGUUUACUAAACUGAAGCAAAGGUUUGGACAACAAAUGGUGGGAAAUACAAUUGUGUUGUGUAACAAAGAAAUAAAGCUGUCUUCAGGAUCAAUGGACAAACCUAGUGUGACCUUCAAACGUGUCUCUCAUAAACAGCUUCUAGAAGAGUGUGGAAACAGAGUUUACCUUUACAACAAACAAACAACAAAAAAUGAACUUGUCAAACAACUGAUGUACUACACACAGAUGAUUAUGAAGAAGAAUCAGGCUUCUCAAUCUUUACAAGAAAGGACAUACAAUAAUAUUUCUCCUGCAAAUAUUUAUAUGAAGACCAUGCUAACACCAGCACUAAAUAUAAUAUCAGCAGAGGAAAUGGUUCAGCAAUCUCGUAAAGUCAUCACUAUGGUACUGCUGGGAAUAAACAGCGAAGACAAGUGUAUGAUAGGCAAUGCAAUUCUCCAAGAAGAUUGCUUUAGUGCUGAAAAAGAAAUGGAUGUAUGGCUGAAACAAGGAGAUGAUCAAUCAAUCUGCAUUAUCAAGACCCCAGAUCAUUUUCAUUUGCUGACCCCAAAAUCAAAAGCGACGAGAGAAGAGCUGAACCCAUCAUAUGCAGGUUCACGGGUGUUUCUCUUGGUACUGCAGGAGGUCAUGCGGACACAAACAGAAGUAGGGAUGUUCAAACAACUGAAAGUGAGAUUUGGAGAGACAAUGGUAGAAAACACAAUCAUUGUGCUGAUUAGUCACAGAGAUGAAAGUUUUAGAGAGCUAUAUGAGCGGGCUGAUGAAAACCUCAAACAACUUGUGCAUGAGUGCAGAAAGAGAGUUUGUAAACACAAGCAGAAUAAAGGCAUAAAUGAUACUGAGCUCAUCAAACAGAUAAUGGAGAUAUGGGAUCAAAUGCAGAAGCAGGAUUAUGAAUCAACCAAGAUUGCAUCUGAUGAUGACAACAUGACUGAGAUGUUUGAAGACACUGAACCGAUAGAGCAGGAGCUUAAGUGCACAGGAGAAAAUGUCCAGGCAUCUUCAGAUGGACACAUCACAGUGGUGUUGCUGGGAAAGAACAAUAAAUGCAAAUGUCUGAUAGGAAACCUCAUUCUUGGGAACGAAAAAUUUCAGUCAGAAGCUGUCACAUGUGAGACAAAUAAGGGAAAAAUAGCGGAAAAGAGUGUUGAUAUCAUCAAAACUCCUUACCCUUUCAAAUCAGACCCAAUGACAGACAGCAUAGAGCUGUUGAAACCAUCAUACACAGAUCCUCGUGUAUUCCUGAUACUGAAAGAAAAUAAUGCGUCUUUAAAAGAGAUAGAGAUGUUUACCCAACUGAAGCAGAGGUUUGGACAACAGAUGGUGGAAAACACAAUUGUGUUGUUUAACAAUGAAAAACCCAUUUUCAAAAGUGACUUUCAUAAACAGCUUGUAAAAGAGUGUGGAAAUAGAUGUUGCCUUUACAACAAACACAUUACAAGCGCUCAACUGGUCGAUCAACUGAUGAAAUACACAAAAGAAAUGAUGGAGAAGAAUCAACUAAAGAAUCAUUGUUCUAAUUUAUGUUGCUUAUUAUCAGUUUACCAGGAUUGUCAGCAGCCGGCAGCAAUGAAUGUUAUAGACCGCAGCUUCAUGACCAUUGUGCUGUUGGGACAGACAGGAAGUGGAAAGAGCGCAACAGGAAACACCAUCCUGGGACAGCAACAGUUUGAGUCUCGUGCCAGUUGUGUGCCGAUAACAAAGUCUUGCGAUAUAAAAGAAGAAACAGUCUGUCACAUGAAGAUCAGGCUCAUAGACACUCCAGAUUUCUUUAAUGAAGAUCUUAAGAAUCAAGACGAACAGUUACGCUAUUGCAAAGAGCUCAUUCAGCACAGGCCUGUUGUGUAUUUGUUGGUUAUGCAUCUCGGUCAUUUCACAGAGGGAGAGAGAGAGGUUCUGCCACGCUUGAAGAAAGAGUUUGGUGAGGAUGUGACUUCAAAAACUGUGAUUCUUUUCACCGGUAAAGAGAAACUGCAGGAUAAAACUUUGGGAGAUUAUAUCAAUGGAAGUGAUCAGGAACUUCAACAGCUGAUCGGAAGAUGUGGCUCAAGAUGUGUUGCAUUUGACAACAACAAGAAAAACCAUCAACAAGUGAAGGAACUUAUGGAGAUCAUUGUGAACAUGCAGACAGAUGGAAACAUUCCUGGGAUAAUGCCACAACAUCCUUACAAGAAACAAAUCAACAUUCCACAAAAGAUAAAGGAUGCAGAAUGCAGGAUCUUGUAAAGGCAAAAUGUGUGUGGAUGUUAAAUUAUCAAUCCUUUCCCAUCUGUUACACACCUGCAUACAUUAAAUAAAUAUAAUAUGAUGAUAAAUGUAUACAUGUCAGUUUUAGGUAUGCUAAUAGUUGUGAUACAGAUAAACCAUACAAGUUAUCUCUUAAUAUUUACUGUAAACUUAUCGGGGAUAGAAGAAUGGUUCAUACAACAUUUUGAAUCUUUCAAUUGCCAUUAAUUCACACAUUUCAAAUAAAAAUAACAUUUAAACUUGCAUUACCUGAUCAAUUAAAGUCUGGGACACUAAACCCCGACCAUUUAAGUUUCUACUUAAGACAUUUAAUCUCAGUGAUAGGAAAUAUUUUACCCAACUAUUAUCUUGUUUUUAAUUAUAGGCGGUGCAUUGGCUCCCUCUGGUGGCAAAACAAUGCCAAAGUAAAUGUGGCCUUUAGUACUACAAUUUACUCAUUUAUUACAUCAU